AUGAUCCUCCGCCUCCGCACAUUGCCGUAUCCUUGUGGUCACCUACAACCAGUGCGAUGUGACCGGAAUAAACCGUAUGAAAACUGUAUUCGCCGUGGUGAAGCUAGCGGCUGCACAUAUGCUGCCGCUACUACUUCUGCUGUCAAUACUUCUCGGCCAUCCCAGUCGGAUAAUGUCCAGGACAGGAUCGGUCGUUUGGAGAAUGUUGUUGGCUCACUAGUACAAGAAUUGAAUUCCCCAGUGGCCAAUCGAACGACGGUGGAUAUUCCGUCACCAUCGGACACUACUCAACAACCCAUCGAAAACCCCGUUGGGCGCAUGCAAGUCAAGCAGAACGAAACGAACUAUGUGGGAAGUGAGCAUUGGGCUGCGAUUGCUGAUACUUCGCAGCUGCCAGGUGGCCAAAAGACCAAUGGUGAACAGUCAUCGCAGUUGCCCGACCUUCUUCUCGGGCUGCGCACUGGUUCAACAGUCAAGAACAUCCCGACUACUGUUAGUCUCAACUGGCUCAGUAUCCUCUUUAGUAUGAUGUGCCUGGCUACCGAUAUCCUGGUACAAUGCGGCGAACAGGUACCCCGGGAUGCCUCCAAGCCUCAAGAAUCCGUCAUACUAUUUCGUCAAUGCAGCGCGCAAUGUCUUAUCUUGAGUGACUAUACCAAACCAAACAAUUACACGGUCCAUGCACUCCUGUUAUACUUUUUUUGCGAGAUAUUACGAUUUCACGAUACCCAUUUUGGACUUUACCUCGUCCUGUCUAUGAUCGUCCGUGUUGCUAUGAGGAUGGGAUAUCACCGCGACCCAUCACACUAUCCCAACAUUUCCAUCUUCGCAGGCGAGCUGAGACGGCGAGUGUGGGCCCUUUUGGUUCAAUUGGAUGUCCUUGUAUCGCUCCAAAUAGGCCUACCCCGACUAAUCCAUGAACACGAUUCCGAUACAGCGUCGCCUCGAAAUAUUCCCAAAGAAGAUAUGGACCCGGAAAUGACCAUACUCCCACCGUCGCGACCUGAGUCCAGUGGCGCAGUCCUGUCCUAUAUGAUAGCGAGGAUGAGAUUAAUGUCCGUCCUGGGACGAAUUCACGGUCACCUUACGUCUAUCCAUCCACUCUCCUACAAUACCGUUAUUCACCUCCAUGGGCAGUUGAAUACGCAAUACAAUACUCUCCCGUCAAGCAUGAAGGUUCAGAAACACCCUUCCGUGACCGAUUCUGCGGCUGUAGUAAUGAGACGUCUGUCACUGGAUCUGCUUUUCCGAAAGGUCCUAUGUGUAUUGCACCGCCGGUACAUGAAGUCGCAGAAUCAUCUGUCGUGGGAGACGUGCAUUGAAGCUGCACUGAAAAUCAUCCAUCACCAGUCAUUCGUGUAUCGGGAAUCCCAACCCGGCGGGCCAUUGCGGGGCCAUCUAUGGAAGAUAACCUGCGUGGCUACUUAUGACCUCCUUCUUGCUAUUAUGAUUCUCUGUCUUGCGCUCCAUUCUGGAUUCGGUUCCGAGUCAGAGUCCUCUUCUGCACUUGACCGGGACCCCAACAGGCAACAUCCAGAGGCUCUGCCCAGUGCACUAAAGGAAUCAUAUGCGAUAUGGGCAGAGUGGAGCAGCGAAAUGAAAGAGUCCAGGCAAGUGGUAGAAAUUGUGAAAAUCAUGUUGGACCGGGUUAAGGAAGACGACUUGACAUCUCUUGUCAGACAUCCGAACAAUGGCACUGAGAACCUCCAAGUCAUUCAAAAUAGCAGCUACUCAGAUGUCGACCUUUCUUCUACCGGUGACGGUAUAUUUCCCUUUUCAACUCCAUCCGACCCAUCGAAUGCAAUGAACAUGAGACUUCCAUUGUCUCUUCCAGCGGGUGACAUAGCAGAAGCCACCUCUUCCUGUUUAGGGGGCAUAUUUAACCCCAUGGAUGACUUUGAUUGGGCAUUAUGGGAUAGCCAUUUGCAGGAAAAUGGCAUCUAUUCGCAGAUUUCAUCCAGCAAUCACAUGUUUUGAGUGGUUGACUGGUAUUUGGAAGAUAAAUGCCCAUAAUAAUAUGUUUUUAUGAUCCUGGUCACCCAGAAUGUUAACAAUAAAGCCACUCAUGUUCUCAUGCGUUAAAAUCUCAGGGACUCCCCGAGGCGAUUUAGUACAGGGGCAAUAGCCCUUGAUUCAUAUUGAUUAGAGGCGAGUCCCAAUCUUUACCAACCGUCAGACGGCAGUCAUAUAAGAUAAUUCCGCCUUGGUCAUACAUAGUGACGCCAAUCAAUUACUUUUCAAG